AUGAUUUUCAAUGGAGUUUGCGUCAAAUGUGUUGGAACUAUCAACAUGCGAACUCUUGAAGGCCAAGCGAAGUUGGAAUUUUACCCGGAAUACGCGAAAUACGAGCUAGAAAUGACACCAAAAGCUGCGCCAGACGAUCAGGACUCGAUGGCCCCUCAUUCUAGCGGAGACGUCAACCAACAAAUGGAACAUAUGCACACGCCGACGGUGAAACAUGAAAAUCAACUUUCAAGUCCAGCUUCUUCGUUUUGA